AUGGCCGAGUCUCGUUUCGAGUCGGAGCAAUACACGUCGGAAGCGUUCGUCGAAAGCGCAGGCGGCGUCUUAUUCCGCCUAUCUUCUCGUGAGAUCUGUGUACUUCAUCUUUUGAAUCGUGACGAGUAUGUGUUGGCCAAAGGACGACGCAAUUGCGGAGAAGCUCGCCAUGAAACCGCCCUACGCGAGGUCACCGAAGAGACAGGCUUUACUUGUCGCCUCCUUCCGGUAAAUAUGCAUACUCGCGCCCCGCCAGCUGUGGAAACCGAGCAGUUGGACGACCAAGCUCGUUUUUACACGAAUCUUUGCGAACCGUUUACCUUGCAAAUCCGCCGCCUUGGGGAAAACCAAGUGAAGCUUAUUUGGUGGUUCGUCGCCGUUCUGGAUGAGGAGACAUCGCCAAAGGAAACGAUGGAGAAGGAAAGAUAUGCGGUCGAGUUUUAUAGCUAUACGGACGUUCUGGACAAGCUAACGUUUCAGUUGGAUCGGGAUAUGGUUAAAAAGGCUAUCGAGCUCGUAGAGAAUACCUAUAAGGAGUGA